GCGGGUACUCCAUAGUCCCCGGUCUGGAUUCUUUUGGAAGGUAGGGAGAGACAAGGCUGGACACGAAUUUUGCCAUAUUACGCUCAAUAGUGAGAGACACCAGCUAGCUACUAGUAGAAGCUAGUAAGAAAAAGGGAAUCAUCUACGAAAAGACAGCCACUCCCCAAUUUUGGUGGACAUACCUCUAUUUAGCAGUGUUGAAGAACAUAUAUCGGGCAUGCGAGCGAGUAGAUAAUCCGAAGGAGAGAAUGGACGACCGGUCAACCUGAGAUUCGACUGGGGGAAACCCGACAUCCCAUUUUCUAGGUAGAAAGUACAGAUUUGUCGGGAUUAAAGGAAAUGGGACGCACUGGGCCUCGAAUCUGAGUGAAGGGAACACAGUGGCGACGCUAAAAACAAAGCAUUUUCUAUACAACAUGUCGGUCUUAUUUUUUUAGCUAGCUAGCUACUAGUACACGUCUAGAUAGCAAGUUGGAGACUCGGACUUCAGUGCUCCAAUAUUGGCCAAAUAAGUAUUUUCGGUUGCGCUUGAAGGGGGCAGGGUUAGCUCGAUUUCGUCUCCCAUACUAACUCGGGGAGCGAUUCUUCCGCGAAGGGAGUGGUAGCUAAUUGAUAGAAAAAUGUCAGCGAAGGUGCGCCUGAAGAAGUUGGAACAAUUGCUAGUGGACGGAACUCCAAAUAAUGCAAGUUCACUGAGCGUCGAGACCCUUCUGGAUAUAUUGAUAUGUUUGUACAACGAAUGCAGCAACUCUCCUUUAAAACGGGAGAAGCACGUGACAGACUUUCUGGAAUGGGUGAAGCCGUUCACCACCACCGUGAAGGAGAUGCGUCUGCACAGGGACGACUUCGAGAUGCUCAAGGUGAUCGGCAGGGGAGCAUUUGGCGAGGUUGCGGUGGUGAAGAUGAAAAACACGGAACGGGUGUACGCCAUGAAGAUCCUGAACAAGUGGGAGAUGUUGAAGAGAGCCGAGACGGCGUGUUUCCGCGAGGAGAGGAAUGUUCUGGUGAACGGAGACUGCCAGUGGAUCACCACCCUACACUAUGCCUUCCAGGACGACAACUUCCUGUACCUGGUGAUGGACUACUAUGUGGGCGGUGACCUCUUGACCCUGCUCAGUAAGUUCGAGGACCGUCUCCCAGAGGACAUGUCCAAGUUCUAUGUGGCAGAGAUGGUGCUGGCCAUCCACUCUAUACACCAACAACACUACGUGCACAGAGAUAUCAAACCAGACAACGUGCUGUUAGACAUGAAGGGUCAUAUCCGUCUGGCCGACUUUGGCUCCUGCCUGAAAAUGAUGCAGGACGGCACGGUCCAGUCAUCUGUGGCUGUAGGCACUCCGGACUACAUUUCCCCUGAGAUCCUGCAGGCCAUGGAGGACGGCAUGGGGAAGUACGGUCCAGAGUGUGACUGGUGGUCCCUGGGGGUCUGUAUGUACGAGAUGCUCUACGGGGAGACGCCCUUCUACGCCGAGUCCCUGGUGGAGACCUACGGCAAGAUCAUGAACCACGAGGAACGUUUCCAGUUCCCCUCAAACAUCUGUGACGUGUCGGAGGACGCCAAGGACCUGAUCUCGCGCCUAAUCUGCGGCCGCGAGCGUCGCCUGGGCCAGAAUGGCAUCGGCGACUUCAAGGAUCACCCCUUCUUCGCCGGCAUCGACUGGGAACACAUCCGCUCCACUGAGGCGCCCUACAUCCCCGACGUCAGCUCCCCAUCUGACACCUCCAACUUUGAUGUGGACGACGAUAUUCUUAAAAACCCGGACAUCGCUCCUCCAGUCACACACAGCGGCUUCACCGGCCAGCAUCUGCCCUUCGUAGGCUUCACCUACACCACGGACAGCUGCUUCUCGGACCGCGGCAGCGUCAACAGGGCCGGCCUGUCCGAUGGGAGCUCCCAGGAUGGGGGGGGAGAAGAGGGGGUUCCCCCGGACCAGGAGGGGGGGCUGGAGGUGGAAGCCUUUGAGAGGAGGAUCCGCCGGCUGGAGCAGGAGAAGCAGGAGCUGAACCGCAAGCUGCAGGAGUCCACUCAAGCAGUGCAGUCUCUCCACGGGCCGGGCCGCGGGGCCAGCACCCUGGGCCGGGACAAGGAGAUGAAGAAGCUCAACGAGGAGAUCGACCGGCUCAAGAAGAAACUGGCAGACUCUGAUAGGCUGGAGCACCAGCUAGAGGAGGCGGUGACUCUGCGCCAGGACUACGAGAGCUCCUCCUCCAAGCUGAAGGCCCUGGACAAACAGGUUAAAGCCCUGAGACAGGAGAAGGAGGAUAUCCACAAGCAACUGGUGGAGUCCCUGGAGCGCCUCAAGUCCCAGACCAAGGAGCUGAAGGAGGCCCACAGCCAGCGGAAGCUGGCCCUACAGGAGUUCUCUGAGCUGAGCGAGCGCAUGGCUGAGCUGCGUUCCACCAAGCAACGCCUCUCACGCCAGCUCCGCGACAAGGAGGAGGAGAUGGACGCUGCUGUGCAGAAGGUGGACGCCAUGCGCCAGGACAUCCGCAAGACCGAGAAGGCCCGCAAGGAGUUGGAGGCCCAGUUGGAGGAUGCCAAGGCAGAGGCAUCUAAGGAGCGAAAGCUGCGUGACCACAGCGAAGUCUAUUCUAAACAGCUGGAGAUGGAGCUUGAGACCCUCAAGGUGAAGCAGCAGGGUAGCGGGCGUGGGGCCGGAAGCAGCAGCCCAGAGCUGCAGCAGGAGCUGUCCAAGGUGAAGUCGGAGCUGGACAAGAAGGUUCUGUUCUACGAGGAGGAGCUGGUGCGUCGGGAGGCCUCCCACACCAGCGAGCUCAAGGGCCUCCGGAAGGAGCUCCACGACUCAGAGGGCCAGCAGCUCUCUCUCCACAAGGAGCUGCUCAUGCUCAAGGACAAGCUGGAGAAAGCCAAGAGAGAGAGACAAACCGAGACAGACGAGGCAGUGGGCGCUCUAAAGGACAAGUACGAGCGUGAGCGCAGCAUGCUGACUGAGGAGAACCGCAAGCUGACCACAGAGGCUGACAGGCUGUGUACGUUUGUGGACAAGCUGACUGCUCAGAACCGCCAGCUGGAGGAUGAGCUGCAAGACUUGGCCUCUAAGAAGGAGAGCGUGGCUCACUGGGAGGCCCAGAUCGCUGAGAUCAUCCAGUGGGUGAGCGAUGAGAAGGAUGCCCGCGGCUACCUGCAGGCCCUGGCCUCCAAGAUGACUGAGGAGCUGGAGUCUCUCCGCAGCUCCAGCCUGGGCCCACGACCCCUGCAAGGCUCAGGAGUGGCCACUCCUCCCCUGAAGCCCUUUCCCUCAGCUGGGGGGGACAAGAGGGACCCCCUGUGGAAGGUGCGACGCAGCCAGAAGCUGGACAUGUCGGCCCGUUUGGAGCUGCAGUCUGCCCUGGACGCCGAGAUACGGGCCAAGCAGCUGGUCCAGGAGGAGCUUCGCAAGGUCAAGGCCUCCAACAUCUCCUUCGAAAGCAAACUGAAGGAUUCAGAGUCCAGGAGCAGGGAUAUGGUGGAGCAGCUGGAGGUCAUGAAGAAGGACUUGGAAGAGAGCCGUUCCCGCUCAGACAAAGGUCUGAAACUGCCCGAUUUCCAGGACUCCAUUUUCGAGUACUUCAACACCUCUCCACUGGCCCACGACCUGACGUUCAGAGAAUCGGUCUCUUCCUCGUCCGCGUCCUCUCUGCUAGCGUUUUGGGAUGAAACAAGCUCUGUCAGCGAGAUAGAUGCCACGCCCCAGAAGUCAGACGUCCCUUCCUCGUCGCCCUCCGUGGCCUCUGAGCAGGAUGAGCCAGUCCCCAAGCCCCCUGCUGUUACCCCUACCGUCCCUUCCCUUGUCUAUCCAACAUCGCUGCUGACCACACCAAAGCCCAAAGCUCACCAGCUGAGCAUCAAGACCUUCUCCAGCCCACACCAGUGCACGCACUGCACCUCCUUGAUGGUGGGUCUCAUCCGUCAGGGCUACGCCUGCGAAGUGUGCUCCUUCAUCUGCCAUGUAUCCUGUAAGGACAAUGCCCCCCAGGUGUGCCCCAUCCCCCCUGAGCAGGCCAAGAGGCCUCUGGGCAUCGACGUACAGAGGGGCAUCGGCACCGCCUACAAGGGCUUCGUCAGGAUCCCCAAGCCCACGGGGGUGAAGAAGGGCUGGCAGCGGGCGUACGCCGUGGUGUGUGAUUGUAAACUCUUCCUGUACGAGGUGCCUGAGGGCAAGUCCACCCAGCCAGGCGUGGUGACCAGUCAGGUCCUGGACCUGAGAGAUGAGGAGUUUUCCGUCAGCUCUGUCCUGGCCUCGGACGUCAUCCACGCCACCCGCAAAGACGUCCCCUGCAUAUUCAGGGUGACGUCGUCCCUGCUGAGCUCGCCGGCGGGUGCCGUCUCCCUGCUGGUGCUGGCUGAGAGCGAGGCAGAGAAGAAGAAGUGGAUGGGCAUCCUGGAGAGCCUGCAGAGCAUCCUGGCCAAGAACCGCUUGAGGAACCGCGUAGUGCACGUCCUGCACGAGGCCUACGACUCCUCGCUGCCCGCCAUCAAGACCACGCUCUGCGCCGCCAUCGUCGAUCGAGAGCGUAUCGCCCUGGGAACAGAGGAAGGCCUGUUUGUGGUGGAGGUCACCAGAGAUGUGAUCGUGCGGGCGGCUGACUGCAAGAAGGUGCACCAGAUGGAGCUGAUCCCCAAAGAGAAGAUGGUGGCCCUGCUGUGUGGACGCAACCGACACGUGCACCUGCACCCCUGGGGGGUUCUGGAGGGGGCCGAGGCGGCCUUCGACAUCAAGCUGACAGAGACCAAGGGUUGCCAGGCACUGACCACGGGCGUGCUACGCCCCGGGGGACCCGCCUGCCUGCUGGCCGCCGUCAAGCGCCAGGUUCUGUGUUAUGAGAUCACCCGGGCCAAGCCGCACCACCGCAAGCUGUGGGAGGUGCAAGCCCCGGGGGUGGCCCAGUGGCUGGGCAUGGUGCGCGAGCGACUGUGCGUGGGCUACCCCUCAGGUUUUGCCCUGCUGGCCCUCCAGGGCGAGUCGUCGCCCGUCAGCCUGGUGAGCCCCGGGGACCCGUCGCUAGCCUUCCUGGCCCAGCAGCCCCUGGACGCGCUGCACGCCCUGGAGGUGGGCACGACCGAGCUGUUACUCUGCUUCAGCCAGCUGGGUAUCUAUGUGGACCCCACUGGGAAGAGGAGCAGGGCCCAGGAGCUGAUGUGGCCCGCCACGCCGCUUGCCUGCAGCUCCAACUCCUCCUACCUUACGGUGUACAGCGAGUAUGGGGUGGAUGUGUUUGACAUACACACCACUGAGUGGAUCCAGACAAUUUCACUGAGGAAGUUAAGGCCUCUGAAUGUGGAGGGCAGUUUGAACCUGCUGGGCUCUGAACAACCGCGCCUCAUCUACUUCAGCAACAACUCCACAGAAGGUGACCUGGCCAUCCCUGAGACAUCUGACAACAGUAAGAAGCUGAUGGUGAGAACGCGCAGCAAGAGGAAGUUCCUCUUCAAGGUCCCGGAAGAGGAGAGACUGCAGCAGAGGAGAGAGAUGCUGAGGGACCCUGAGCUGAGGUCUAAGUUGAUCUCCAACCCAAUCAACUUUAACCACGUGGCACACAUGGGCCCCGGCGACGGCAUGCAGGUCCUCAUGGAUUUGCCUCUGCAGAGCGAGAGCGCCGCCACCACCCCCUCCCCCUCAUCCUCCCGCCACCACGCCCUGAUCUCCCCACCGAGCAACUUUGAGCACGUCUAUCACAUGAGCCUUGUGUCGGCCGGCCUCUACCUGCAGAAAGAGCCCGCCUCUUCCUCCGCCACCUCCUCCUCCACCUCCUCGCUGCAGCACUGCAGCAUGCCCCAGCUCUCAUCCUCCUCCUCCUCCUCUCCCUCCACCUCCUCCCUAGGAAGGAGUGUGAUGCAUUCUUCUCAGGAUGACCCGGCCAAGGACAAGCCCCGCCCACUCUCCAGUAUCUCCCGGCAACAGAGGAGCAUGACCCAUAUCACCCGCACGGCCUCUGGAGGUGCAGACUUUGGAGGAGCAGGAUCGUCUCGGAACAUCUCCGACCCAGAUGGGGACUUUGAGAGAGAGCCGGACUCCGACUCCACCAAGCACUCCACCCUCUCCAACAGCUCCGACCCCAGCAGCCCCCCCAGCCCCAACUCCCCCCACCGCAGCCAGCUAACACUGGACGGCCUGGAGCACACCCUGGACGGCUGAGGACCACCCCCCCCCACCCACACACACACACACACACACACCUGAUAUACACACACCUUACACACACACACACACAUAUAAUGCGUGCUUAAUCACUCAACACCUACAUUUGACAUAGAACUUGUGUAUCGCUGCAAAGUGCCAAGAACAGACUUUGUGGACAAAAUGCCACCGCUGAAGCCUUUUCUGCGUGUGACGAGCAUAGACCCUCAAAAAGGGAGGGGCACAUGGUAUUUGAAGCUAACGCUAAAAAAACAACAACAAAUCAGCCAGUAUAGAUUUGUUUUUGUUUUUCUUCAUUUCAGGCCAUAAAUGUUUCCUAUGAGUUAAGGUUAUUAUUACUUAGUUGAAAUGAUCAAUACAUAGAGGUGAGAUGGGGCUGAAUUAAAAACAGAGAUUACUGAUGGGGGACUCACAGAAAAAGCAUUAAUGAUGAACUGUCCUAAUCAUAGGUAUAAGUUUGUUUAAAAAAAAACAAAGACGAGAGGGAAAUAACUGUUGUUUUUAAAGCGUAUAGUAUUUUACACGGACAUGUUGAGCUCGACUUUGCGGACACAAAACAGAACGGUGAAAGAAAUGGCAGACUUUUUUUAAGAACCAUAACCCCCCCACACACACACACACUUCCCAUCCCCUUCUGUACUGGCGUUGUAAUCCUAUUGAGCUGUUCCCGGACCAUUUUGAGAGCUGUACCUUCCUAGGGGACGAGCUGCCAUUCAACUCAACUGACUGCAGGGGUUUUAGUGUAAAGCUAAAUUAGUGGGCAUAUUUUAUAGCUUUUACAUCUCCUGCCAGCCUUUGUAAGAUGCGUUGUUUUUAACUUGGAUCUUUUGCCAGAAAACGUAUAGUUGGCGCCAUAGCAACCAGAAAUGGAAGAAGAAAUAAAAACAGAAUCAUGAGACUUUAAUUUCUCGAUAUGCGGUUUUAAGUUGAUAAGUGGUGGGAAUCUGAACAUAGCGAAAAGGACCACAUUACUCAUAGGAUUAUUAAUAAGAGUCCUUCACAAGCUGCUGCUGCUUUCGUGUGCUAUGUUUAAAUAAAUAAAUAGGUAUGUGUGUGAAGGCCUGCUCACUAUAGAGAGAACCCCCCUGGCCAAGGCCCUCGCAUUUUAAAUCGUUCAAUCAUGAGAGUGGGAAGCAUUAGCGGUGGUGUACAGUCAUAGUGCCGCACCGCCACAGUGGGGUGUCUGAAUAGUUUUUCCUCCAGUGUGGGAUGUUUCAUUGUACAGAAGUAUGAGAUACAGUACAGGCAUGUGUGGCAUAUCCAGUUUAAUCACUCUAGUGUGCCUUCAGUGCCAUUUUGUUUUAUAGCACCUCGUUCAGAUCAAUUCCCGAAGUGAUUUUAAACCUGCAGGCUAUCGGUGAGAGGGGGGGUUUUUCAGAAACACUGUAUUAAACUUGCACAUGUUUUAGUCCAAGGAAUAUCAUCUUUUGAUUUUGUCAGUGAUCGUUCUCGUUCCUUUUAUUCUUCCCGGACUUCUGUUCAGCUCUCCGAAGACGGGACUUUUUUUCUCUCUCUUUGAAACACUACUGCUUUUUUUUCCUCUUAAAAAAAAAAAAUCACCAGUUGGAAUCUUUGUAAUUAUUGAAUUGUUAGCAACAAACAUUUGAACAGACAAUAAAAGAGUAUCUGUUGUGCUUC